AUGGCAACACUCGAGUCAACUUCGACCUUCGCGUCCCCUACAACGUUCACUGUGAGAGCGGAACCAACCUGUACGACGGCUGUUCCAGACCACUUUGGCCACGUUCCACCCGACGCCUGUAAUGCAAACUACGGCUUCUAUCCAAGCUGGGAGUACAACCUCACAGUCGCCAUCGGAUUCGCCCUGACGAGCGCUGCACAUCUUAUAGAAGCAGUCAUUUUUAAGAAGAGUUUCUGCUGGGUGAUUAUUAUGGGCUCCCUUUGGGAAUGCAUUUGCUUCGUGCUUCGAACUCUGGGUGCCCAUGACCAACAAAACUCGGAAUACGUCACGUUUUCGACUCUGUUGUUUCUACUCGCUCCCCUCUGGAUCAACGCUUUUGCCUACAUGGUCCUCGCAAGACUUACCUAUUACAUACUUCCUGAGCGGCGUCUCCUCCGCAUUCGUGCCGAGUACUUGUCCAAAAUAUUCGUCAUAGCCGAUGUUCUUUCCUUUUUAAUUCAAGCCGCCGGCGGCGCGAUGCUCGCGAACCAAGAUGACCCCGCUGCGGCGUUGAACGGGACACACAUUUAUAUGGUGGGCAUAGGCGUUCAGCUGUUUUUCGUGCUGAUCUUCACCUUCUUCGCCGUGUCUUUCGUGCGGCGGCUCUCGUUUCUGGAACGUAUUCGCGGCCUUCAACGUAAUGCGAAGUGGGUGUGGCCAUUGGUAUGGACCUUGCUGGCAGUAAUGGUCCUCAUUGUGAUUCGCAUCGUGUUCCGAUUAAUCGAGUUUAGUCAGGGAGCAUCGUCUUCAAACCCUUUCCUUCAGCAUGAAGCAUUCCAAUUCUGUCUAGAUGCUUUUCCCAUGCUCGUUGCCCUAGGGCUUCUCAAUAUUGUACACCCGGGUAUUGUGCUUAGAGGACCAGACAGUAGCUUCCCUCGUGGAAGUUGGAAGUGGUGGAAAAACAGAAAAGAUGGCAAAUCUAGAUCGCUCUUCAUUCCGUUGGACUCAGGAAGUCUACUAGAAGUGAGCCCCCAUCGAGGUGGUGUCGACGUGGGUUUGUAA